ACUUCACUGCACUAGGAACUAUAUACAUUUGAAUUUGUUCCUGUCUUUCAUUCUAAAAGCAAUCUCUGUCUUGGUCAAAGAUGAGAUCCUCUAUUCUGGUAGUAACACAGUUCACUGCUCAGAGGAUCAACCAUCCUGGACACUUCGCCUUAUAUCUCCUUAUUGGAUGGGGAAUCCCCACAGUGUUCAUCAUCGCAUGGAUUGUGUCUAGAGUCUAUUUGGAGGACACUGGUUGCUGGGAUACGAACGAUCACAGCGUUCCUUGGUGGGUUAUAAGAUUACCCAUCCUAAUUUCAAUUUUAGUGAAUUUUGUACUUUUCAUCAGCAUUAUAAGAAUUCUACUGCAAAAGCUGAGAUCGCCAGAUGUUGGAGGCAAUGACCAGUCCCAGUAUAAGAGACUUGCAAAAUCGACAUUGCUGCUUAUACCACUGUUUGGAGUUCACUACAUGUUGUUCGCGGUCUUUCCGAUUCGCAUUUCUAAUAACUAUCAGAUCAUUUUUGAGUUAUGUCUGGGAUCUUUUCAGGGCCUGGUUGUUGCAGUCCUAUAUUGCUUUCUGAACAGCGAAGUACAAGGCGAACUGAAAAGAAAAUGGCGGAGUUGGUGUUUGAACCAAAGAAUGGGCCGAGAUUACAGACUUCACAGCUCUUCUAUUUCUCGGAACGGCUCAGAAAGCAUCUCCCAGUUGCAUCGUAAUUCAGCGACUCAGUUUUCCCUCCAAACGGAAACCACAGUGAUAUAAGCCACGUGGGUGCCUGCAAAAGACUAAAGAUCAUAGGGCAUAUCGCUGCAUUGUACAGCUCAGUCAGCGUGAUAACAUUUUAUAACGUCUGUAGAGUUUUUACCCUGUUUUUGUCUACAUGUCAAAAUGUGGGGAUGGCCUAGUGCAGGUCGUGGUAUCCUUUGAGUUUAGCCUUAGAACUUGUUUUCAGCUGUAGGAUUUGUGUGUCAUUGGGCCAUAGGAAGUGGUGUGUUUUGAUGCAUUUUUAUUAGUUAUCAUUCUGACCCCUGCCAAUUCCAUGCUGAAAAUAAUUGGGAUUUACUGGAUUAAGAAAAAGAAAAGUUGUGCUGCCUCAGACCAAUGUCCCUCUAGUUCAGCAUCCAUUUUUUCCAACAGUGUUCAGCCAGAUAUCUCUAAAAAGAUCACAGCAAGACAUGAAGGCAAGAGUCCUCUACCGUGGUUGCCCUCUAAAACUUGAUAAUUUUGGAGAUGCACUUCCCCUGAACCGGGAUGGUAUAUAUAGGCAUCAUGAAUGGCAGCCAUUGGUACCCUAAUAUUUCACAAAUGUAUCUAAUCCUCUUUAAGGUCAUCUAAGAUGCUGGCCAUUGCCACACCUUGUGAUAAUGAGUUCCAUAGAUAAAUUAGGUGAGGUCUGAAGAACUUCCUUUUGUCUGUGCUGAAGUUCCUGCCAGUCACUUUCAAUUCAUCACCCUCGCAUCUGAAUCAUUCUCCCAGAUGCCCACU